AUGGCGGCCCUCACGCUGGCUCUCCUGAUGAUUGUCGGCGGCACCGCCUCCGAGGCCGCCGCCACCUGCCCAGCUUACUGCUGGUGCGGCGUGAAGGGGCCAGAUGGCAAGCUCUCCACCGCCGUGAUGGUGAGCCCCUUCCUCCUGUUCGGCCCCGCUCUGGAGCUGGAACUGCUGGCACUGAAGGGCCGGCGCUGCUCCAGCGCCGCGGGCGUGGCAGCCGACUGCCUGCGCCAAAGGAUCGCCGCCGCGCGCCUCUACUCCUUUUCUCCCAAGCUGCGAGCUGGCAGGUGCAACUGCCCCUCCAACGCCCAGCUGUGCAAGCGGCUGCCGCAGCUGGCCACCACGCCCUACGGCAAGUGGGUGCCCGCUCGAGUGUACAACCUGCUCAAGUGCGCCAACAAGCCCCCCACCACCAGCCGCCCGCGCCUGGCCGCUUUCCUCAGCAACAACCAAACCUUCUGCGAUGGGUAUGCCGGAGCGAUCAACACCAUAAUUUCCGACGUCAUCACCGGCGUCUGGCCGGGCGUCCAGAAGCAGCUGCCCGCCAGUAUCGACCCGGGCGACGCGCUCAAGAAGGAGUUUGUGAAGGGCUUGCUCGAGGCGAUUGUGGACGUCGAGCUGGACCGCAUCUCUGGGCUCAACACCAUGCCCAAGCCCACGCUGGAAAUCCUGAAUGUGCCUGCCUGCUCCAACCUGUCCCUGGUGGUGGCCAACCUCAAGGCGACCAGCGGGCUGGCCAAGCUGACUGUGACGGGCUCUGCCGGGGCGACGUACCGACCAAUCUUUUUCAUACCAAGCCCACUCACUGGCACCGCCUACAUCACCAUCACCCUCACAGACGUGACCCUGGAACUAUCAGCACCGGCCACCGCGGGGCUGACUGUGGGUUUUACUGGCUACGAGGCCUGCGCCUCCAUCCCAAAGUUUGAUACCGUCAAACUCACCGCAAAAAACACCCGGGUGGCCAUAUCAAGCUGGGCGGCUGGCAUCAUCCCGAUAGGCUGGCUGACGGACUUCAUCAUCAGCUCGGUUGCCACGAGCCUGAUUCAACCGGUGAUCAACGAGUGGGCCCCCGCAGCCAUCAAGGACAUCCUGAACAGCCAGGCAGUCACCUCCCAGCUGGCGGGCUGCCAAAAGAGGAACCCGCUAAACAUCUGCACCGAUUGGAUCAACUGCAAGCCAGACCGGUGUGAGGACUGUGUGGUGGGGACGGCGCUGGUGGAGGGCAAGUGCAUCCCUUGCGGCGACGGCUGCAGCGCCUGCACGGCCGGCCCGGACAACAAGCCGGUCUGCACGGCGUGCCGCAAGGGAUGGUAUGCCGCUGGCACCGCCUGCACCAAGUGCCCUGCCGCCUGCAACUCGUGCGCGGCCGUCGGCUCUGCGGUAUAUUGCGACGCGUGCGCGGAUGGGUACAAGGAUGCGUGCGGCGCGACGUACAAGGAGGCAUGCGCGGCGGGGUACAAGGACUGCAUCUCCUGCCCCGACCCGCACUGCAACCGCUGCGCCACGCCGGGCAAGUGCGAUGUCUGUGCGCCGCCCUACGCGGCCAACGCCACCGGAGGCUGCACCACCAUUUGCCUCGUGGGCAACUGCACCGCGUGCGUGGACGGCCAGAGCGGCGCCUGCGCCGCUUGCGCCGACGGCUACCGGCUGGCCACCCCCUCGCGCUGCGUCUCCUGCGACUUCCCGGCCUGCUCCACCUGCCCCCAGGGCCCCUGCACCACCUGCAAGGUGGGCUAUGGCUUCAAUGCUGCCGUCGGGGCCACCGCCUGCAUCAAGUGCGCGGAGUGGGCCCGCUGCGCCACCUGCCAGUCGGGAAACCCGAACAAGUGCACCAAGUGCCUCAACCCGAGGCACAUCAUCCUCAACGGCAAUUGCCGCAUCCCAUUUUGA